GCCAUAAUUGUCGAAUGUCUUCAGGCAAGAAAGCCUACUUCAGCCAUCAACCCAAUCCAAUGCAAUCAAUUGAAUCGCCUCAUGGCAUAUUCCUUAAACCCGGCCCAACAAACCUAAUUCCCAUUCCCAUAUAUACAAAUUUGCAAUCCGAUUUUGCCCUAAUCUGCCAAUCUCCCCUCGUCGCCUUGGUUACCCACGACUGCGACGAUAUGCAGAUCUUCGUGAAAACGCUGACAGGGAAGACCAUAACUCUCGAGGUCGAGAGUUCUGAUACCAUCGAUAAUGUGAAGGCCAAGAUUCAGGACAAGGAGGGAAUACCGCCGGACCAGCAGCGUCUCAUUUUUGCUGGUAAGCAGCUGGAGGAUGGUCGAACUCUUGCCGACUACAACAUCCAGAAAGAGUCCACCCUACACCUUGUGCUAAGGCUCCGUGGAGGUUCUAAGAAGCGCAAGAAGAAGACCUACACCAAACCUAAGAAAAUCAAGCACAAGAAAAAGAAGGUCAAGCUCGCCGUGCUUCAGUUUUACAAGAUCGAUGAUUCGGGAAAGGUUCAGAGGCUCAGGAAAGAGUGCCCCAACGCUGAAUGCGGAGCUGGUACUUUUAUGGCCAAUCAUUUUGAUCGUCAUUACUGUGGCAAGUGUGGUUUGACUUACGUGUAUCAGAAGCCCGGCGGUGAUUAGGUCUCCUUUAAUGCUACAUUUUUUUUUGGAUAGAGAUUGGUUGUUAUGAUAAUCACCGUUUUGGGACAAUACUAGGACUGCAAAUUAUCAAAUGGAUCUAUUUUCAUAAAUUGUGUUACGUUUGGAGACGCUCAAUGCUCAAUUUUGGUUAACAGUUCUGAAGUA